AUGGCAAUCCCGGAGCUGUUGUUUGUCGAUUGUGCAGCCAGCUCGUGCCUCAAUCUCUUCCGCUUUCUGCCAGAGACAACCAUGCUGGGCGGCUACCUCCUCGCGGUCGUGCUGCUGCCGCUGGCCGCGGCCCAGGGGACGCAGUGGCAGUCCACCACAUGCGCCAGCGGCGCCUACGCGGCCAACAGCACCUAUCAGACCAAUCUGGGCCUGCUCGCCGCGGCGCUACCGGCCAACGUCUCGGCAUCGCCGGCCGGCUUCGCCACGGCCACCGUGGGCGUGGUGCCGGACCUCAUCUCCGCGCUGGCUCUCUGCCGUGGCGACGCCAACGCCUCGUCCUGCCGCGCCUGCGUCGCGGCGGGCUUCCCGGGCGCGCAGCGCGGCUGCCCCAACAGCAAGGACGUCGCCAUCUACCAGGACGACUGCGUCCUCCGCUUCUCCGACCAGCGCUUCCUGGACUUCAUAGGCGUGGAAUCCCCCGCCGGCACCUACUCCUCGGACGAGGAGAACCUCACAGCCCCUGCGGCCUGGUUCAACGCCGCCGCCCUCGCGCUCCUCAACGCGACGGUCGACCAGGCCGUGGCCGCGCGCGGCGACCCCGCCAAGAAGUACUUCGCCACGGGCGAGGGGAGCUUCGACGCGACGUACUACCCGAAGAUUUACGGGCUGGCGCAGUGCGUGCCGGAGAUGACGGCCGCCCAGUGCCGAGGCUGCCUCGGCGGCUUCAUCGGAGCCGCGCCGUGGUUCUUGUUCCAGAACGGGAAGUCUGGCGGCCGAGCUCUUGGGGUUUGGUGCAACCUGAGGUACGGCGUGAACCCGUUCUACACGGGCGGCGCCAUGGUGAAGCUCUCGGCGCCGCCGGCACCAGCACCCGCAGCCGUGCCUUCGAUUGCUACCGCAGAGACGCCAGCAGGGAGGAAAGGGAGAGUGGCAGGGAUCUCUACAGGCGCCGCUUGUUUCGCCGUCCUGAUGUUGAUUCUUGCAGUCUUUGCUUUUAUUCGCUUCAAGAGAAGAAAGGCCAAGAAGCAUGAUGACUCAUUUAACAAAAUGGCGAGGGGGAAGUGCACUAUCUACGAUUUUCCGACGCUGCAAGAGGCAACCGGAAACUUCUCAGAGAAGCAUAAGCUUGGAGAAGGCGGUUUCGGAACUGUAUACAAGGGAAACCUCCCGGACGGGCAGGAAAUAGCAGUGAAGAAACUUAUAGAUGGUGCUGGUGCUGGACAUGGACUGGAUCAGAUCCGCAAUGAAGUGCUGGUGUUGGCACAGCUCCAGCACAAGAACCUUGUUAGGCUACUGGGGUUUUGCUGGCAUCAGAAGGAGAUGCUACUUGUCUACGAAUACAUCAAGAACGGGAGCCUCGAUAACUUCCUUUUUGUAGAUGCUAGUCGAAGAAACACACUAAGCUGGGAUGAAGAGUACAACAUCAUUCUCGGAAUUGCCAAGGGCAUAAUGUAUCUUCACGAGGACUCGAGCGUAAGGAUCAUCCACCGAGACCUGAAAGCUAACAACAUUCUGAUUGAUGAUGCCAUGGAUCCGAAGAUUGCGGACUUCGGGUUAGCUAGGCUGCAAGUCGGAGGCCAUACUCAAACCAUGACAGCUAGAGUUGUUGGAACAUACGGGUAUAUGGCGCCAGAGUAUGCAAUACAUGGAAACGUGUCGCCAAAGAUCGAUAUUUUCAGCUUUGGUGUCUUGGUGCUUGAAAUUGUAACCAAGAGGAGGAACUGUGGCUCCGAUGAUUGCGAGACGGACACGGUGAAUCUCCUAAGUGAUGUAUGGACUUGUUGGACCAAAGGGACGAUAUUACAGAUGAUUGAUGAAUCACUUGAAGGACACCCCCGAAUCCAGGCGCUAAGAUGUAUCCACAUUGGGUUGCUGUGCGUCCAAGCAGACCCUGACGACAGGCCUGACAUCCCAUCCAUCAUCUUCAUGUUGAACAGGGAGGACAUGGAGCUUCAGCCACCGGCACAGCCUGCAUUCUUCUUCGGGGAAGACUCAAACUCACCUUCUCCGCCAUGCCAGCAGGGCAUCUACGUGUACAACCGCUCUGAGGUGGUCUUUGAAAACACCUCUGUGAAUGGGCUCACAAUUACUGACGCAUAUCCUAGAUAA